AUUAAAAAUUUAAGGCCCAGUUAGAUUAAUUUGGCUCAUCUCUUCCGUAAGACCGUUUUUACUGUUGACCAAAGCUCGUGAUGACGUGGCGGGAAAUCGUUAAACCACGUGUUGUCGGCGUGCCGUUACCCUUCCCCUUCCUGCUUCCGUUCCCACCUGAGAGAACUUCUUGGUGACAUGACGAUUCUCGCCGGAUUGAUACGACGGCGUUUUAGUAGAUUGGUUCCGGUUACGAUUCCGUUUCAAUUGAAUUACGGAUUCGUACGGAGCCAAAGUACUCGGUUGCUGAGCGGCGAGGCUGAGUCGAAUCGGAACGAGUUUCCGGUGGAGAACGCGUACGUUAUCUUGAAUGUCUCCGAAACCAGCUCAAUCGCAGAGAUCAAAGCAUCAUUUCGUAGACUCGCGAAAGAGACUCAUCCUGAUCUGAUCGAAUCUAAGAAAGAUCCAUCUAAUUCCAUACGCUUCGUUCAGAUUCUCGCUGCUUAUGAGAUUCUUUCAGAUUCUGCAAAGAGAGCACACUAUGAUAGAUAUUUGCUAUCUCGGAGAAUGGUAAUGACGAAACAAUGUAGACAAGGGUAUAUGAUUCACAGGUAUAAAACACGAUUGACAUUGAGUCAAGAGAUGGAAGUAGUUGAAUGGUUAAAGUGGUAUAGAGAAGCAAUACAUGAUAUAGUAUUGGAGAAGAGAGUGGCAAAUGGUACAGGUUACUUAGAUGAAUUGGAAGAAGAUUUUUAUUCGGCUAUACGAGCCGCGUACUUUGGGCCUGAUGUUGAAUCUGUGGAGCUUCUUCCUGAUUGUUUUGAAGCUGAGGAAAGGUCUGUGUGUGAUACACGAGAGGUUUUGCAUUUGGUUUCAGGACGGGAUCUUUUUGGUAUGGUUUGCUUGGUUGAUAAUUUCCUUGAGCUUUCUUCUGCUUGCUCCAAGAAAUUGGCUUUGUCGUCAUUUAUGGAUUCGGACCUGGGUCAGGCACUUGAGAAAGGCAACUAUGACACGAUGUCUGAUGAAAGGAUUGGACUUCAGAUAUCUCAUAUACAAUCUUCUAGAAGUAAAAACCAUGUUUUGGAUGCAUAUAAAGAUAUUCAGCUGCAUGUUUCGGGAAGAGUUGUUGCUACAGCUAUUAGGAUUCCCCCAAAAGGGUAUUUUGAAAAGAAACAAAUUGAGGGUGAUCACGAUCUCAUACACGUUUUCCUCAAUUCAGAUGAAAGAUCUAAGCAUGAAACUGAAACGUUACCUGGAAAUGAAAGUGGAGCCAGACUUCUUGUUGGAACUAUAAGUGGUCUUGGAACAAGUCCAGAUGAAGGUUCAUGUAAUGUCUAUGAUGGGAAUGGUGCUAAAACUCACGUGAUAAUGAAACAUAGGACAUUUCUGGUGAGACAUUUGCACUGGUACAGAAUUGGGGAAAAGGUUUCCAUUUGCGAGUGUAGAUGCAGUAGAGCGAAAUUACCACCAAGCAAGUUUUGGUUGUUUGAGCCUCGUUGUGGUUUGCAUGAUGUCGGAGGAUGGUAUGUUGAAACUUAUGGGAAAGAUAAAAAGAGCAGGACGGUCUUGGCACAAAGAUUUUGGGAUGGACUGGAAGAGGGGAGUAGACUGGAUGGGAGACUGCACCCUGGUAUCUACUUGCUUACACUAGCAUAUCGAACUCUUGAUCUUGAAGAUGAAAAGAGAAGGAAACGGUCAAUGUUGGAGGUCAUCGAGGCACAGCUAUCUAAAACGUUGGAUUGGUGUAGAGAAUUGGUUAGAAGAAAGGGCCUUGGAACUUAACGUGGUUAACCUUCUCCCUUUCUGAGUGAAGAUCCAAAGAUGAUUGGCUUUUCAAUUUCCGAAUGGAUACAAGCACUUCCAUGUCUGAGGUUGUGGUGAACAAAGCUUCUCCAAAGGUUGGUAACUCUCUUUAGUGUCUUCUUUCAAGGUUCGCAACCGCAGGAUCUGUAAAUAUCAAGUGGGUUCUCUUUCCCACCAACAGAGUCAAGUUUUCAGACCAGAAGGUGGUUUUAAACCCAGAAUGGACGGGACAAGAAGAAACUGACUUCUCACAAGAACUAGUGAAACAUAUGAUGUGUGUUGGGGAAUGAAUCAUGCUAGUUUUAGAUCAUGUGUACUAUAGAACUUGAUUUCAAAGUAAUUCAUAGACUUGUAAAAAAUAUUAUAUCUAAUGAAACUUCUCAGAAGAAA